CGCCCGUCGAGAACACUUCGCUGCCGCCUCUGUUCCUUCGCCGCCCCUGAUCCUUCGCUGCGUCGGGCCGCCUGCCCACAGCCAUGAGCGCGCUCGGCCCGGGUUGAGUCCGCUGUCCUCUAGAUUAGUUCUCCGCACUGUCUCCGGACCCUCUUGCCCCAUGGAGUCGCCUGCCUCGAACCAGCCCACCGGCAUGCCCCAGUCCAAAGGGAAGUCCAAGAGGAAGAAGGACUUACGGAUAUCCUGUGUUUCUAAGCCGCCCAUGCCCAACCCCACACCGCCCCGGAACCUGGAUUCCCGGACCUUCAUCACCAUUGGAGACAGGAACUUCGAGGUGGAGGCCGAUGACCUGGUGACCAUAUCAGAGCUGGGCCGUGGAGCCUAUGGGGUGGUAGAGAAGGUACGGCAUGCCCAGAGUGGAACCAUCAUGGCUGUUAAGCGGAUCCGGGCCACCGUGAACUCGCAGGAGCAGAAGCGUCUGCUCAUGGACCUGGACGUCAACAUGCGCACAGUCGACUGCUUCUAUACCGUCACUUUUUAUGGGGCCCUCUUCAGAGAGGGAGAUGUGUGGAUUUGUAUGGAGCUCAUGGACACGUCCCUGGACAAGUUCUACCGGAAAGUGCUGGAUAAAAACAUGACAAUUCCAGAGGACAUUCUGGGGGAGAUCGCUGUGUCUAUCGUGAGGGCCCUGGAGCACCUGCACAGCAAGCUGUCUGUGAUCCACAGAGAUGUGAAACCAUCCAACGUCCUCAUCAACAAGGAGGGCCACGUGAAGAUGUGCGACUUUGGGAUCAGCGGCUACUUGGUGGAUUCUGUGGCCAAGACGAUGGAUGCUGGCUGCAAGCCCUACAUGGCUCCGGAGAGAAUCAACCCUGAGCUGAACCAGAAGGGCUACAAUGUCAAGUCUGACGUCUGGAGCCUCGGCAUCACCAUGAUUGAGAUGGCCAUUCUCCGGUUUCCAUAUGAGUCCUGGGGAACCCCAUUCCAGCAGCUGAAGCAGGUGGUGGAGGAGCCAUCUCCCCAGCUCCCAGCUGACCGUUUCUCCCCCGAGUUUGUGGACUUCACUGCACAGUGCUUAAGGAAGAACCCUGCAGAACGGAUGAGCUACUUGGAACUGAUGGAACACCCUUUCUUCACCUUGCACAAAACCAAGAAGACAGACAUCGCUGCCUUUGUGAAGGAGAUCCUGGGAGAGGACUCGUAGGGCCGGGGCCUGGACCCCACUCCACCCUCCAGAGCCCACGGCCACCUCUGCUGGGCAGUGCUUGCCCACAUCCAUAAGCUACUGCCACCUGGCCUUGGGCAUCAGGAGGAAUCAAGGGGGCUGCUCUCGUCUUGCUCAGCAACAGGCCGCUGUUCCCAAGUGCCAAAGAAGCAGACCAUUGGGGGUCCCCAGCAAGGUCCAUGCGGGCCCUGCCAGUGCCUCUGCUGCUCCGAGGACCCCAAGUCUCCAGACCCUGGACUUGGAGGGACCUGGGUGACCUGGUCAUAUGCUGCUGCUCAGCAGACAAGGCAGCUGCUGUCUGUAUGCAGCCUCUGCCUCCACCAGCCUGGAUGCCACCAAGUUGUAUAUUUUUUUAUCUCUUGACUGAAUGGACUUUGCACACUUCGGCCCAGGGGGCCCAGCCACAUCUCUGUUCAAGCAUCAGAGGGCAGGACAUAAGAGAGGGAUGAGCCAUAUGAAUUCCCCUGAGAUUCCCAUGAGGGAGAUACCGGGAGCCACCCAAGGCCUCACCCCACACUGGCAAACAGGGCUUCUGAGGGAGAUGGGUUACAGCCCAGCUCUCCACCUCUAGGGGUGUUGUUUUACUUUUUUUUUUUUUUUAAUUUAUCCUUUCUAAAUUUUUUUUCUUUAGCUUUGUGGGUUUGGCAGUUUUUCUUGCAUGGUUUGGAGCUGAUUAAUUUUCUUCUGUCCCCUAGGGACCAGCAGGGAGUGACCUGCCCUUUCUGCUCAGGCUGGGGCCUAAGGGAUGGGCCCAAGGUCUCUGCUCAGAGAGGUGCUGGGGAAAUGUCCAGCUGACUCUUUUCUGGGGCCGGUGCAACAGGGGCUGUGGAUUUGCUUUUGGUGGUGUUUUAAAAAAAAAAUAAUA